GGAAAAGCUUGUAAGACUGGAGUCAGCGAGUACGCGGUAUAAUUGAAUGGGGGAAGACAUAUUGAAAAGCCAUGGAUGGUUAAUCCCCUGAAAAAUUAUUCAUGGAGUGCGCAUUGCCCUGUAUAUAAUUGGAAAGGGAGAUCUGUGCCUGGGUAUUUUGCUUCCGGCAGUCCCGCCGACAGGGUACGGGGAUCUAUACCACCACCCCGGCGCGUGUCCUCCAUCUUUCUUGCCAGAUUCUGUGCUCCCAGGGUUGCAUUGUAAGGAUACUAGCAGAGGACUGAUAUGAUGUGGAGGACAGUGAUGGUAGUUGUUCUACUUUCGUCUCUUCACAGGAUACAUGCCAAUAAAGAGAAAGAGAAGUACAGACACAGGUGUCGGGCGAACUACCACAAAACCCCGGUCUGCCUGAACAGGCCUGACGGAUACUUCUGCCAUUGCGGGGGCGGCUUCGAGUGGAACGGCAGGACAUGUAUAGGCAACGCGUACGACUCUCGUCUGGAGUUCCGGCAGAUCGACCCUAUCCGUUACACGGAGCUGUUCGGCAGGGCGUUCCCGCAGUGUAAGGAGUUCACCAUCACCAUGUGGCUCAGGCCGUACGACACGGCCAAGCGGAGAACCAUACUGUCGUACCGCGUGGGGCUCAAGAACGUGUUCCGUCUGGAGGUGAAGCGAUCCCUGAGGCUGUACAUGCUAGGGGAGCACGUGGAGACCGCGAAGGGCCUGGAGGAGAAACAGUGGCAUCGGGUGGCCUUCACGUGGAGCAGUAAAGGCGGCAUGUGGUCCAUCCACUGGGACGGGAAGAAGCAGUCCGGACACGACCUGGCCAUCGACCAGACCAUCCCCUCCUCCGGGGAGCUGGUCCUGGGCCAGAAGAAGAACAACAAAGAGCACGACUUCAACAGGAACUCCACCUUCCUGGGUGACAUCAGCCACCUCAACAUCUGGGACCACGUGUUGAACGAGUCGCGGCUGGAUAACAUAUGGAAGGACUGCACCUUCACAGAGUGUGGAAACGCCGCCAGCUGGGUGGAUUUCCGGGCAGGGACCAGGGGUGCCAUGACCCUCAGGUGGCCUUCUGGAGUUUAUGACCGAUGUCAGGCGGAUUCAAAAAAGUCUUGCAAUGAAUAUUGCAGUUUCACUAUUGGGCCUCAGUGUAACGCGGACUUGAACAACAAUCUGAUGUGGCCUCGCACCCAGGCUGGCAAGACUGCGAGCAUCGUCUGUCCGGGAGCGCAGGACACGUCCUGGGACUAUCCAAGGUACGCGAACAGAACGUGUAGCCGGACCACAGCGACAGACGGAGAGUGGGAGCAGCCACAGCUAUCCGACUGUAUCGGAACAACAAGGGUGGAUCUCAGGACAGAGGUGAAAAAGGUACUCCUCAGCAAUACCAAAGUCAAUGGCAGCUACAUUCCCGGCUAUGCAGAAGUCUUACAGAACCUUUCCCAAGAGGAGACGGGAAACAUAUUCGACAUUUCCGUGGAUAUCGACAACCUUGCAAUGAUAGUCAAGCUCCAGCAGAGGGCGCUGAAGUACGCCAUGCAACAAGCUGCGAUCGGCGUUCUUCCCAACACGUCAUAUCCACAAUGGGACGACACCCGCCGAUUCGCUCAGGUUAUAGCAGACAUUAUCGACAACAUCCUCCGCCGGGACAAGUACCCUGCCUGGGAGUACAGUAAGCCGGUGGGAGGGGAGGCGGUCCGACUCAUCAGCAUCGUCCGGAACUUCGCCAGGGUCCUGUCGGACAGUAUGAAGUUCCAUCUGAAGCAGGGCCACUUAAAGAUAAAUGACGCAUCGGUGGAACUUACGUUUAAAAACUUCGCGGUAUCGGUGCAGGUGUUACAGCGGGACGUGUCAGCCACCAUGACGUUGAACGGCAGGAGCAGGUACGCCAAGAGCGUGUUCCCUAACGGCAGGGUGGACGACAUGACCCGGCUGGCGGCGGACGUGCGAGCUCAUCUCAACGUGUCGAGACAAGAGUACGUGGGGCUGGGUCAGGUCGCCUAUCCAACCGUCGUCAGGCUCUUACCCAACCACUUCAGGAGUUCUAAAGACGCCAACAUCAACGCCCCCAUGGUCGGAACGUACGUUCUGGAGGAACAGGAGAUGAACAACCUCACCGAACCACUGCUGGUGACAUUACCGCUCUCUACGUAUUACAACGUCUCCAACCCUCGAUGUCUCACGCUGCAGAUAGGAGACAAAUUUCACCCAUACCGCUGGGUGGCGGACGGCUGCAAGCUCGUCAGAAGGCAGUACAACACAGUUCUGUGCGAGUGCAGGAAGACCGGAAUAGUAACCGUCGUCACAGAUAUGUACGAUGUCAAUUGGAGGCUAUCGUACCAACGCCAUUUUGAACAGGAGCCCAUAGCGGUCAUGGGGUGUAUUGCAUGCAUGCUGCUCUGCAUCGGAGCUUUCUGUGCGUUCUACUACUACAAGUGCCAGGCAGAUACAGUCGAAGUCCACAAAAACCUGGCCGCCUCUAUAACACUGCUGCAUCUCUUCUUCGUCAUAGGAAUCAAACGUACAGAAAGUAUGUUGGUGUGCCGCGGGUUUGCAGUUCUGAUCCACUACUUCUUCCUGACCAUGUUCACGUGGUUGAUGAACGAAGCCUUCAACCUGUACGUGGUGGUGUCCAACGCCAUGCACGAAACUGCCGUGCAACAGCGACCCAUGGCGAGGUACUACGUCAUGGGAUGGGUUGUUCCAGGGAUGGUGGUGGCAGCUUUUGUGGGGAUAAACCAGGACAGCUACUACGACGAUGGAAAUUUAUGCUGGCCUUCAUCGAACCAUGUGUGGAUGUUACUGGGUCCUGUGUUCGGUAUCCUCACAAUCACCACUCUGGUUCUGAUUUUUGCUAUGAAGGACAUAGUGGAAAGUUCCUACUCCAAGGAUCAACAAGCAAAUAAAGUUGUCAUGUCUCAAGAACGUACAAAGCACAACAGGAGCUGUGGAAACAGAAGAAGGCACAGCGCAGGCGCUACCGGCAUCCCAUGAUGUCACUAAAGGGCAAGUCCAGAUACAGGAGGAUGAAGAAGAGGGGCGUGAAGUUCGCUUUCCAGCGGAAGCCUCCUCCUACGGCGUCUCAACAGGUGGAAGAGCAGUCGGGAAGCGUCAGGCAGAGCGCGCUGGAGGAGACACAAGUCUGACACAA